CAGAUGUUGAUGCCCAAGAAGAACCGGAUUGCUAUAUAUGAACUCCUUUUUAAGGAGGGGGUGAUGGUGGCCAAGAAGGAUGUCCACAUGCCAAAGCACCCCGAACUGGCAGAUAAAAACGUGCCCAACCUUCAUGUCAUGAAGGCCAUGCAGAGUCUCAAGUCACGAGGUUAUGUGAAGGAACAGUUCGCCUGGAGACAUUUCUACUGGUACCUUACCAACGAGGGUAUCCAGUAUCUACGUGAUUACCUUCAUCUGCCUCCUGAAAUUGUUCCUGCCACCUUGCGCCGCAGCCGACCUGAGACUGGCAGGCCACGACCGAAAGGUCUGGAAGGUGAACGACCUGCAAGAUUGACUCGAGGGGAGGCUGACAGAGACACAUACAGACGGAGUGCAGUGCCUCCUGGUGCCGACAAGAAAGCCGAGGCUGGGGCUGGGUCAGCAACUGAAUUCCAGUUUAGAGGCGGAUUUGGUCGUGGACGUGGUCAGCCACCUCAGUAAAGUUGGAGGGAAUUGUUUUGUGUUGAAUAAACAUGUAGUCAGAAAAACUUAA